AUGGGGCCGGGGGCCCGGGGCCGCCGCCGCCGUCGUCGCUUGAUGGCCCUGCCACCGCCACCACCGCCCAUGCGGGCGCUGCCCCUGCUGUUGCUGCUAGCGGGGCCGGGGGCUGCAGCUCCCCCUUGCCUGGACGGAAGCCCGUGUGCAAAUGGAGGUCGGUGCACCCAGCAGCCCUCCCGGGAGGCUGCCUGCCUGUGCCUGCCAGGCUGGGUGGGUGAGCGGUGCCAGCUGGAAGAUCCUUGCCACUCAGGCCCCUGUGCUGGGCGUGGCGUCUGCCAGAGUUCGGUGGUGGCGGGCACUGCCCGGUUCUCCUGUCGUUGUCCCCGUGGCUUCCGAGGCCCAGACUGCUCCCUGCCAGACCCCUGCCUCAGCAGCCCCUGUGCGCAUGGUGCCCGCUGCUCAGUGGGGUCGGAUGGCCGCUUCGUCUGUUCCUGUCCGCCGGGCUACCAGGGUCGCAGCUGCCGGGGUGACGUAGAUGAGUGCCGAGCGGGUGGGCCCUGCCGCCAUGGCGGUACCUGCCUCAACACUCCUGGCUCCUUCCGCUGCCUGUGCCCACUUGGCUACACAGGGCUGCUGUGUGAGAACCCUACGGUGCCCUGUGCCCCUUCCCCAUGUCGGAACGGUGGCACCUGUAGGCAGAGUAGUGAUACCACCUAUGACUGUGCUUGCCUUCCUGGCUUCGAGGGCCAGAACUGCGAAGUCAACGUGGAUGACUGUCCUGGACAUCGGUGCCUCAAUGGGGGAACGUGCGUGGACGGUGUCAACACUUACAACUGCCAGUGCCCUCCUGAGUGGACAGGUCAGUUCUGCACAGAGGAUGUGGAUGAGUGUCAGCUGCAGCCCAAUGCCUGCCACAAUGGGGGCACCUGCUUCAACCUGCUGGGUGGCCACAGCUGUGUGUGCGUCAACGGCUGGACAGGCGAGAGCUGCAGUCAGAACAUCGAUGACUGUGCCACAGCUGUGUGCUUCCACGGGGCUACCUGCCAUGACCGUGUAGCCUCGUUCUAUUGUGCCUGCCCCAUGGGCAAGACAGGCCUCUUGUGUCAUCUGGAUGAUGCCUGUGUCAGCAAUCCCUGCCAUGAGGAUGCUAUCUGUGACACAAAUCCUGUGAGCGGCCGGGCCAUCUGCACCUGUCCACCCGGCUUCACCGGAGGGGCGUGUGACCAGGAUGUGGACGAGUGCUCCAUUGGUGCCAAUCCCUGUGAACAUUUGGGUCGGUGUGUGAACACACAGGGCUCGUUCCUGUGUCAAUGUGGCCGUGGCUACACUGGACCUCGAUGUGAGACGGAUGUCAAUGAGUGUCUGUCUGGGCCCUGUCGCAACCAGGCCACAUGUCUUGACCGAAUUGGCCAGUUCACCUGCAUCUGCAUGGCAGGUGGGUGGUGGGUGUGGCUUGGGUGGGUCCUGAAGGCUGGAGCCUGGGCAAGAAAAGCCAGGGUGAAACUGGGUUCAUUUUUAUUAAUUAAAAAAAAAAAAUAUGCUGGGCAUGGAGACACUUGCCUGUAAUCCCAACACUUGUGAGGCAGAGGCAGCCUGGUCCACAUGGUAAGUUCUGGGAUGGCUAGGAUAAUGAGGUGAGAUCCUGUCUCAAAUAAAAUAAAAUAAAAAGGGGCUAGAAAGGUAGCUUAGUGGUUAAGAGUAAUUCCUGGUUUUCUAGAGGACCGAGUUUGGUUCCCAGCACCCAUAUGGGGCAGUUCAC